UCAGCCUGUCAUCGUCCUGCCGUCUGCCAAAAAAAACCACAUCGUCGCCCCAACACACAGUGUGUUAUCCGCAACCAGUCUUUUUGAUUUUUCAUCAUAGCGCUGAAGUGUGGACGGAACCGAGCGCCGCGUGUGCUGCCGGGAGUGUAAAAAAACUUGUAGUUAUUUUAUUUUUUCGUGAAACAGGAAACCGUAUCAAACAACAAACCCGUGUCCGCGAGAGUCGAGACGUGGUCCAUCCGUGUGUAUGCGACUGUUUAACGCGUGUUGGCAGAUCGGUAUUGAUUGGAAUCGGAUAGUACCAGAGAGUUAGCCAGCAGCGAAAAAUGGAUAACGCAAAGAUAUGCGAACUGCUACGUGCAACUAUUGAUCCGAAUCAGCGGCUUCAGGCCGAGGAGCAAUUGAAUCAGGUGCACAAAAUCAUUGGCUUCCUGCCGAGUCUGCUGCAGGUCAUCAUGCAAAACGAUGUCGACAAUCCGGUCCGCCAGGCAGGUGCAAUCUAUCUGAAGAAUUUAAUCACCAGCAGCUGGCAGGACCGGGAAGCGGAAGCAGGCAAUCCGAUCCCGUUCGCUAUCCACGAGCAGGAUCGCGCCAUGAUCCGGGACACGAUCGUGGAGGCCAUUGUGCACGCACCGGACAUGAUUCGGGUACAGUUGUGCGUCUGUAUUAAUAACAUCAUCAAGAAUGAUUUUCCCGGCCGGUGGACUCAAGUGGUGGACAAAAUUAGCAUCUAUCUGCAGAACCGAGACGUCAACGGGUGGAAUGGGGCGCUUCUGUGCAUGUAUCAGCUGGUUAAGAACUACGAAUAUAAGAAGUCAGGCGAACGAGCUCCUCUGACCGAGGCGAUGAACCUGUUGCUACCUCAGCUGUACAAUUUGAUGCUGAAUCUUAUAAAUGAUCCAUCCGAGCGGAGCGUUCUUAUGCAGAAGCAAAUUCUUAAAAUUUACUAUGCCUUGACGCAGUACGCGUUACCACUGGAGGUAAUCACAAAGGAAAUCUUUGCCAAUUGGAUGGAAGUUUGUCGUCAGAUUUUGGACCGUCCUGCUCCGGACUCUUCUCAUAUUGACGAAGACGAACGACCCGAGCUGCCCUGGUGGAAGACGAAAAAAUGGGCCUCCCACAUUGUGCUCCGAAUGUUCGAACGCUACGGAAGCCCCGGUAAUGUCGUCUCGAAGGAUUACAACGAGUUCGCCGAUUGGUUCCUGAAGACCUUUACCAGUGGUUUGCUGAAUGUACUGUUAAAAAUUUUGGAUCAGUUCCGCAACAAAAUCUACGUUUCGCCGAGGGUGAUGACUGACACACUCAAUUAUAUCAAGCAUGCCGUCUCACACGCCCACUCGUGGAAAAUGUUGAAACCGCAUUUUAUAGCCAUCAUCCAAGAUGUUAUCUUCCCACUGAUGUCAUACUCGGAGGCCGACGAGGAACUAUGGGAAGCGGAUCCAAUUGAGUACAUUCGUCAGAAGUUUGACGUGUUCGAUGAUUACACCACUCCAGUUCCGGCGGCCGAAACGCUUCUACACAACUGCUGCAAAACGCGGAAAGGAGUUCUCCCCCAAGUCAUGCAAGUCAUCAUGCAGAUCAUCAAUGCGCCGAAUCUGAACGCUAAACAGAAGGAUGGUGCCCUUCAUAUGGUUGGUUCGUUAGCUGAUGUCCUGCUGAAGAAGAAGGUAUUCAAGGAUCAGGUCGAGAACCUUCUGAUGCAGUAUGUUUUCCCGGAAUUCAAUAGUCCUCAUGGACAUCUGCGUGCUCGGGCCUGCUGGGUGCUGCACUAUUUCAGUGAAAUCAAAUUGAAAAAUCCACAAGUUUUGCCGGAAAUAAUGCGACUCACAUCGAACGCUCUGCUAAACGACAAAGAGCUCCCCGUCAAGGUGGAAGCCGCUGUUGCCUUACAAAUGUUCCUCAUCUCCCAGGACAACUCAUGCAAAUAUUUGGAGAGUCAGAUAAAGGAAAUCACACUGGAACUGUUGAAGAUUAUCCGCGAAACCGAAAACGAAGAUCUGACCAAUGUGCUGCAGAAAAUCGUGUACACAUUCUCGGACCAGCUGCUCCCGAUCGCCGUCGACAUUUGCCAGCAUUUAGCAACCACCUUCAGCCAGGUGCUGGAAGCGGACGAGAAUUCCGACGAGCGAGCCAUCACGGCGAUGGGACUGCUGAACACGAUGGAGACACUGCUGAGCGUGAUGGAGAAUCACCCGCAGGUGAUGGCAUCGCUACAUCCGAUCGUACUGCAGGUCGUUGGACACGUGCUGCAGCAUCACGUUAACGAGUUCUACGAGGAGGCGUUCUCGCUGGUGUAUGAUCUGACGGCGAAGUCGAUAUCGCCUGAUAUGUGGAAGCUGCUUGAGAUUAUCUACCAGCUUUUCCAGAAGGAUGGAAUCGACUACUUUGUUGAUAUGAUGCCAGCGCUUCAUAAUUACAUAACUGUCGAUACACCAGCAUUUUUGUCCAAUCAGAAUCACGUCCUGGCGCUAUUCAACAUGUGCAAAACGAUAUUAACUGGCAAUACGACGGAGGAGUCCGAGUGCAGUGCCGCCAAGCUGAUCGAGGUUAUCAUCCUUCAGUGCAAGGGUCGCAUCGAUGAGUGUAUUCCGAGUUUUGUUGAGCUGGCCCUCACUCGGUUAACACGCGAAGUGAAAACAUCGGAACUGAGGACGAUGUGCUUACAGGUCGUCAUAGCAGCCCUGUACUACAAUCCACAACUCCUCAUGCAAAUCCUCGAAAAGAUUCCACUCCCGGUGAGCAAUGAAUCGAUAACGGCACAUUUCAUCAAGCAGUGGUUACACGAUUCCGACUGCUUCCUUGGAAUUCAUGACCGCAAGUUGUGCGUGAUUGGGCUGUGCACUCUGAUGACCCUCGGCGAAGGCAAACCGGCAGUUCUCAGCGAGAUUUGCGACCAAAUUAUUCCCACGCUGAUACUGAUAUUCGAUGGAUUGAAACGUGCGUACGCGGCUCGUGCGGCCGAAGGCGAGGAAGAGGAAAGCGAGGACGAGGAUGAUGAGCUGGAAGAUGGUAUUUCCAGCGACGAGGACGAGGUGGACGAAAUGGGACCGUCUUAUUACGACCGCAUCGCCAAGAUGGCGAAGACCAAGGCGAAUGAGCUGGGCUUCGAGCUGACGGCCACAGUGAAGGACGGUGAAUCCGAUGACGAUGACGACGAUGAAGACGAUGAUGAUGAUUCCGCCGACGAAAUAGAUGAAACGGCACUCGAAGGUUUCACCACUCCAUUAGAUGACGAGGAUAAUCCAGAAUGUUUGGAUGAAUAUAUCGCUUUCCAGGAUGUGAUGACCAACCUGCGAAAUUCCGAUCCGAACUGGUACAACAUGCUUACCAGAAACUUGAAGCCAGACGACGCCAAAUCGCUGCAAGAAAUACUUGUGUUGGCCGAUCAGAAGAGAGCAGCCAAGCGAUCCAAGGAGAUUGAGAACAGUGGAGGAUAUCAGUUCACUCAGCAUCAGGUUCCAAGUUCGUUCAACUUCAGUGGCCAACAGUGAGAUUAAGAGGAGAGUGAGGGGGAAGCAAAACAAAACACGCGACAAAUUGGUAGAACCAACAACAGCAGCCCAUACAUCUCUGAAUAUAAAAAUAAGCGAUAGUGUAUAAAAAACAAAAGAGAUCACCAUACAAGUAUAGAGAGGAACGAUAAUAAUUGAAAAUAUCAAUGCUACGGCGCCUAUUAUUGUAUCACUGACUUGAAGGGGAGCAACAUAUUGGAGCCAUCACGACGAUAUCUGUUGAUAGAAACGAACAUAUUGCAGGAGAGGAAAGUGAACUAGCUAACUAGCAAGCGGAGCCACAUUUGAGGAUCACUUAUUGUUGCACAACAAGAAAACACAGGAAACAACAACAACCGUUUUGUAGGCAAAAUUUGGGUUCUGUUAUGAAAAUUUUCGACAAAGAAUUGUGUAAAAAAAUGCUUCUGAAGCGCAUGUUUACAUUUUCUGUUCGAAUUGUUUAAAAGUUUAUUUUUACCUAAAUGUUGCACGUCACGUUACACAAAACAGAAAAAAAAAUCAGGGAUAAAAUUACGGAAGCUGGUGGAAUAGCUGCGUGACGACACCCAACCAAAAAACCCAAAAGAAAUGCAUGCAUAAUCCAUUAUUAUUAGAUGCGACACCGCGUAGUGAUGAUGAUGAUGGGGAAGCUAGUUUGAUGAAAUAUCGCCGAAAAAUUAGACCAUACUUUCUCACCCGUUUUGGUUAACUGCAUGGAUCGUAUAUAUACCACACCCACUACUGGAAGAAAAGCUCACCUAUUUUUUGUCAUAGUCAGUGGAGGAAGAAGCAUAAUAUAAUUUAUUACAAAAAUCACGGACAGAUAGACGAACGAGAA